GGAAUGAAGAUUGCCACUAUGCAAUUAGAUUCAUAAGCUGCCCUGAAGUGAUGUUUUCAUCCAUGAAAGGAGGAUUCAGGCACAUCCUCUCCUUGUAGGAUGGCAGCUAUCGAUCUGUCCCAUGGAGGUUGUUUCUCUGGGAAUCCAGUCUGUCUUCAUGAAGAAAAGACAGUGGCAGAAAGGAUAGUGACCGACUGCCUGACAAAUUAUUAUCAGGAUUCAGUGACUUUUGACGAUGUGGCUGUGGACUUCACUCAGGAGGAGUGGACUUUACUGGACACAUCUCAGAGACACCUAUAUAGUGAUGUGAUGAUGGAGAACUACAAAAACUUGGCCACAGUAGGAUGUCAGAUCAUCAAACCCAGUCUGAUCUCUUGGUUAGAACAAGAAGAGUCGAGAACAGUACAGGGAGGAGUUCUCCAAGGAUGGGAAAUGCCACUUGAAACCAAAUUGUCAGCACUUGAGCAGGACUUUUCAGAGGGUGAAACAUCUAUUGGGAUACAAACGGAAGGAAGUCAGAAUGGAGGGGAACUCUGCGACAAUAAGCAGUGUGGGGAAGUCUUCAGUGAAUACUCAUGCCUUAAGACACACAUGAAAACUCAAAAUACAGGGGACAUUUAUGACUAUGAUCAGUAUGGAAAAGACUUUCUAAUUCUGCACAAGAAAACUUCUACUGGUGAGAAACUUUCUGAGUUUAAUCAGAGUGGAAAAAUCUUCAACCUGACAUCAAAUAUUUUGUACCAGAGAACUAGCAUGCAAGAGAAAUCCUUUGAAUGCAAUCACUGUGGGAAAUCCUUCAUUAAUCAGUCAUACCUUCAAGCACAUAUAGGAACUCACAAGGGAGAAAAAUUCUAUGAAUGGAAGGAAUAUGGACCAGGUUUUAUUCAGUCCACAAGCCUUUCUGUGCUUAUAGAAACCCUCAAUGCAAAAAAGCCCUACAAAUGUAAAGAAUGUGGAAAAGGUUAUAGAUAUCCUGCAUACCUCAAUAUUCACAUGCGAACCCACACUGGAGAGAAACCCUAUGAAUGUAAGGAAUGUGGGAAAGCCUUUAAUUAUUCCAAUUCAUUUCAAAUUCAUGGAAGAACUCACACUGGAGAGAAGCCCUAUGUGUGUAAGGAAUGUGGAAAAGCCUUCACUCAGUACUCAGGCCUUAGUAUACAUGUACGAACUCAUAGUGGAGACAAGCCUUAUGGAUGUAAGGAAUGUGGGAAAUCUUUCCUUACAUCCUCACGCCUUAUACAACAUAUAAGAACUCACACUGGGGAGAAGCCUUUUGUAUGUGUUGAAUGUGGAAAAGCCUUUGCUAUUUCCUCAAAUCUUAGUGGACAUUUGAGAACUCACACCGAAGAGAGGGCCUGUGAGUGUAAGAUAUGUGGGAAAGUAUUUGGAUAUCCUUCAUGUCUUAAUAAUCACAUGCGAACUCACAGUGCUCAAAAACCUUAUAAAUGUAAGGAAUGUGGGAAGACUUUUAACUAUUCCACCCACCUUAAAAUUCACAUGCGAAUCCACACUGGAGAAAAACCUUAUGAGUGUAAACAGUGUGGGAAGGCCUUCAGUCACUUCAGUUCAUUUCAAAUACAUGAAAGAACUCACACUGGAGAGAAACCCUAUGAAUGUAAAGAGUGUGGAAAAGCCUUCAUAUGUUCCAGUUCCUUUAGAAUUCAUGAAAGAACACAUACUGAAGAGAAGCCCUAUAAAUGUCAGCAAUGUGGAAAAGCUUACAGGCAUCCUCGUUCACUUAAAAGACAUGAAAGAACUCAUUAGUGAGAAUCCUAUCAAUGUAACCAAUGUGGGAAAGUCCUCAUAUGUUGCAGUUCACUUCAAAGACAUGAAGUGAAAGAAACCCUAUGAAAAGUAUUUAAUUAAAGUGAGUCUGUUAGGGUAGGGCCCCAAUCCAGUAGGACUGGUGUUCCUAUAAGAAGAAGCAAAAGACCCAGCGGGAACACACAUACUGAUCCUGUGAAGUCAUGAAAAGGUGGCCAUCUGCAGGCCAAAGACAUAAGGCUAGAACAGAUCCAUUCAUUAAGGCCUUCACAGGGAACUAACCUUACUUGCUUGACCUUGUACUUCCAGUCUCCAGAACUGUGAGCAAAUAAAUUUCUUUUAAGCCACUCA